AAUGGACCCAAAAUUAAAUGAGUUUAAAACGUUGAACUACAAUCAAGAAUUACACUCCUUCGAGCAGUUGACAAUUUGUCUUUAGCCCAAUGCUCGAAUCUGGUGCUGACUCCAUACAAAUCGUAUGAAGACAUCUUUCGAGUGCCUUUUCCUGCCAUUAAAUAAAGCUCGGAGUCGAUAUUCCAAAAUACAAAUCAAAUUUUUAUUGCCACCUUUAUAUAUUUAAAGACGUCCUUCACUGGAUUUAUAUUUGCUCCGGAAGUCAAAUGCGAGUAUUCAUAUAUCACUAAACGGAUAUGGAAGUGCUCAGGAAAAUCGGAAAUAGCUAUGCCGCCCGUAGACAGCAAGAUCAUCCUGUUUUGUGCAAUUGGUCAAUAGCACUUGUGAUCCCUACACCCAGAUGUGCAAAAAUUCAAAGGUUUAAUCUUAUGAAAAUACCCCUGCGUUCUUUCUGUGCCAAACCUGUUUGUGCCAUAAUAUCUGAAGAUUUACAUCAUUAUGGAUCUACCUCUAAUUUGGACAAAAUGGAACAGAACGUCUUGCUGCGAAAGGGCUCCAAUAAUAUACCAGUAAUACGAGAGUUAAUAAAGAAAUUGGAUAUGAAAAACGACUCUGACGUUGCAAAACUAAAGGGGGAGCUGUCAAAACUGCCCAAUCUUACACAUCCUAGAAUUGUGAAUUAUGGGGAUGAACCUAAGGAACUGGAGCAAUUCUCUCCCUCUGAUUCUUUUCCCACUCAUGCUACUGAGUUUUCUGAAGUAGCAAAGUAUAUGAAUAUCUUCCGCAUGGACCAUUUGGGUAAUUAUACGGGACACAAAAGUUAUUACUUGUUUGGAAAAUUGGCUGAACUAGAACAAGCUAUAAAGGAGUACACAGUUCAACAAUUGUUGCAAAAUAAUUUUUCUUUAAUCUCUGUUCCUGAUAUUCUGCCUAAGGAGGUCAUAGAGGGAUGUGGCAUGAAUACCGAUGGUGAAAGGACACAAGUUUACAAACUUGAUUCUGGAUUGUGCUUGUCUGGCACUUCUGAGAUGGCUUUGGCUGGUUUCUUCGAAAAUCAAGUAUUAGAAGAAAAGCAACUGCCAAUUAAAGUGGCUGCUGUAAGCCGUUGUUAUAGAGCAGAAACGUCGGGAUUAAACGAGGAAAAGGGUAUAUAUAGGGUACAUCAAUUUACAAAAGUUGAAAUGUUUGCGAUAUGUGCCGAAAGUCAAUCAGAAGAUGUUCUGGAACUCUUCAAGGAUCUGCAACUGGAAAAUUUUAAGAAGUUAAACUUAAAAAUACGUCUAUUAGAUAUGCCACCAUCAGAAUUGGGUGCUCCAGCCUAUCAAAAAUAUGACAUAGAAGCUUGGAUGCCAGGCAGAAAAGUUUGGGGAGAAAUUUCUAGCAGUAGUAACUGCACUGAUUACCAAGCAAAACGACUCAAUAUAAGAUAUAAAACCAAUAAGGGUGAGACCAAAUUUGCCCAUACAGUAAAUGGAACAGCAGCUGCCAUACCUAGAUUAUUGAUAGCAAUACUUGAAUCAAACCAGGUUGAUAAAAAUUCAAUUGAGAUUCCUAAAGUACUUGGUGAAUACAUGAAGAAUUGUAGCAUUACAAAAGAUAAAUUGAUACCAGAAAUAAAAUUGUUAAAGCAUUUAAAGCAUGAUAUUUAAAGAAACA